GCCGCCGCCCGCCCGCCGAGCCCGGCGCGCAGCCGGGAGCCGCGCGGGGCCAUGACGGUGGAGCAGAACGUGCUGCAGCCCGGCGGCGCCGCCAAGCACCAGCAAACGUUUUUGAAUCAGCUGAGGGAGAUUACUGGUAUCAAUGACAUCCAGGUACUACAACAGGCACUGAAGGACAGCAAUGGUAAUUUGGAAUUGGCUGUGGCUUUUCUCACCGCAAAGAAUGCCAAAGUUCCCCAGCAAGAGGAGGCAACAUAUUAUCAAACAGCACUUCCUGGAAAUGACAGAUACAUCAGCGUAGGCAGCCAGGCAGACACGAAUGUGAUUGAUCUCACUGGAGAUGAUAAAGAUGAUCUUCAGAGGGCAAUUGCCUUGAGUUUGGAGGAAUCAAACAGGGCAUUCAGGGAGACUGGAAUAACAGAUGAGGAACAAGCCAUUAGCAGAGUUCUAGAAGCCAGUAUUGCAGAAAAUAAAGCAAGUUUAAAGAGGACGCAUCCAGAGGUGUGGAGUGACUCUCCAAACCCUUAUGAUCGAAAGCGGCAAGACAACUGUCCAGUAGGAUUAAAGAAUGUUGGCAACACAUGCUGGUUUAGUGCUGUCAUUCAGUCAUUAUUUAACCUACUGGAGUUUCGAAGACUAGUUUUGAAUUUCAAUGCUCCUGCAAAUGCUCAAGAUUUGCCCCGAAACCAAAAGGAACAUAGGAAUCUACCUUUCAUGCAUGAAUUGAGGUACCUGUUUGCACUUCUAGUUGGUUCAAAGAGAAAAUAUGUUGACCCAUCUAGAGCGGUUGAAAUCCUUAAAGAUGCUUUUAAAUCAAAUGAUUCCCAGCAGCAAGAUGUUAGUGAAUUUACACACAAAUUAUUAGAUUGGUUAGAAGAUGCCUUCCAGAUUAAAGCUGAAGAAGAGAGGGAUGGAGAAAAGCCAAAGAACCCAAUGGUGGAGUUGUUUUAUGGACGAUUUCUAGCAGUAGGUGUGCUUGAAGGUAAAAAAUUUGAAAACACAGAAAUGUUUGGCCAGUAUCCACUCCAGGUUAAUGGCUUUAAAGAUCUGCACGAGUGCCUAGAAGCUGCAAUGAUUGAAGGGGAAAUUGAAUCUCUCCAUUCAGAAAACUGUGCAAAGUCUGGUCAGGAGCAUUGGUUCACUGAACUUCCUCCUGUCUUAACCUUUGAGCUCUCAAGAUUUGAAUUUAAUCAAGCCUUGGGGAGACCAGAGAAGAUACACAACAAAUUAGAAUUUCCUCCAAUUUUAUAUCUGGACAGAUACAUGCACAAAAACAGAGAAAUAACAAGAAUUAAACGAGAUGAAAUCAAGAGACUUAGAGAAUACCUCACGGUUUUACAACAGAGAUUAGAACGAUAUUUAAGCUAUGGUUCUGGUCCUAAACGAUUCCCCUUGGUAGAUGUGCUGCAGUAUGCCUUGGAGUUUGCCUCCAGCAAGCCGGUUUGCACGUCUCCCGUUGACGAUCUCGAUGCCAGCGCCCCCUCUAGCGGCACACUGCCCGUGCAGACCACGCCAAGCACAAUAGAGCAGCAGGGGCCUUCAUCUUCAGAUGUUCCAAGCACAUCUCCUGUACAAAGAUCAGUAAUACAUAAACCAUUCACACAAUCACGAAUUCCUCCUGAUCUGCCAAUGCAUCCGGCACCAAGGCACAUCACUGAGGAAGAGCUUUCUGUUCUAGAAGGUUGUUUACAUCGUUGGAGAACUGAAGUAGAAAAUGACACUAGAGAUUUACAAGAAAGUAUAUCUAGAAUACAUCGGACAAUUGAAUUGAUGUACUCUGACAAAACAAUGGUCCAAGUUCCUUAUAGAUUACAUGCUGUGCUAGUUCAUGAAGGCCAAGCUAAUGCAGGACACUACUGGGCGUAUAUUUAUGACCACCACCAGAACAGAUGGAUGAAGUACAAUGAUAUUUCUGUGACAAAGUCAACGUGGGAAGAGUUGGAACGUGACUCUUUUGGUGGUUACAGGAAUGCCAGUGCAUAUUGUUUAAUGUAUAUCAAUGAUAAGGAACAAUACUUGAUGCAAGAGGAGUUUAACAAAGAAACAGGACAGAUGCUUGUUGGAAUGGACACACUGCCUUCUGAUUUGAGGGAUUAUGUCAAGGAAGACAAUAAACGUUUUGAAAAGGAACUUGAAGAAUGGGAUGCAGAACUUGCUCAGAAAGCACAGCAGGAAAAGUUACUCUCUCAGAUACCCAGGGCUCCAGCACCUUCCCCUGCUCCAGUUCAAGCAGGAGAACCAGAAUAUUUAGAGCAACCAUCAAGAACUGAUUUUUCAAAGCACUUAAAAGAAGAUUCGGUACAAGCAAUCAAUAAAGCUUUAGCUGAACAAGAGGAUAGAGGUCCAGAAGCUAUUAUGGAUACGAGCUCUGAUAAUACCCCAGCUCAACCAGCUCCUAACCAGCGAGUUGUAGAGGUGGCGAUUCCUGAUGUAGGGACUUUUGUGAUUGAGUCAGAGGAGGGGGGUUAUGACGAUGAGGUCAUGCUGACCCCGAACAUGCAAGGUAUUAUCAUGGCUAUAGAUAAAGCCAGGAAUGUUUAUGACAGGUGUGGGCCAGAAGCAGGGUUCUUUAAGGCUAUUAAAUUGGAAUACACACGACUACUAAAAUUAGCACAAGAAGAUCCACCACCUGAAUGUGAUUACCGUUUACGUCAUGCAAUUGUUUACUUCAUCCAAAACCAGGCACCAAAGAAGAUAAUUGAGAGAACAUUACUGGAACAGUUUGGAGAUCACAAUCUUAGCUUUGAUGAAAGGUGCCGUAACAUAAUGAAGGUUGCUCAAGCUAAACUUGAAAUGAUAAAGCCAGAUGAAGUAAACAUGGAGGAAUAUGAGAGAUGGCAUCAAGACUAUAGAAAUUUCAGGGAAACAACCAUGUUUCUCAUGGUAGGAUUGGAGUUUUUCCAAAAAAAGAGCUAUAUGGAAGCCUUGCUCUACCUUAUCUAUGCUUACCAGAAUAACAAAGAACUCUUGUCCAAAGGUCCGUACAGAGGGCAUGAUGAAGAGCUGAUAUCCCACUACAGACGCGAAUGUUUGCUAAAACUAAAUGAACAUGCUGCAGCACUGUUUGAAUCAGGAGAUGAUCAGGAAGUAAAUAAUGGCCUGAUCAUUAUGAAUGAGCUUAUUGUCCCAUGCUUGCCAUUACUACUGGUGGAUGAAAUGGAAGAAAAAGAUAUUGUUGCUGUGGAAGAUAUGAGAAACCGUUGGUGUUCCUAUCUUGGACAAGAAAUGGAACCUAACUUGCAAGAAAAGCUGACAGAUUUCCUGCCAAAACUGCUAGAUUGUUCUACAGAGAUUAAAGGUUUCAAUGACCCGCCAAAGUUACCUUCCUACUCCACACAUGAACUGUGUGAAAGAUACGCCCGAAUCAUGUUGUCACUCAGUCGAACUCCAGCCGAUGGAAGAUAAAUUCUGCAACCUUCCUAAGCACAUUAUAUAAACUUUUUUAGUUCUUAAACCUUGCCUUCCUGUCACAGGGUUUGCUUGUUGCUGCUAUAGUUUUUAACUUUUUUAUUUUAAUAACUGCAAAAGAGAAAUGACUGUACAAACUUUAGCCAGACUGCAAAGUUAAAGCUGAGAAUCGCAUGGGGCUCAGUUGUUUCAACCAGAAUUGAUGCAACAUUGCAAGUCUGAUUAUUAUGGCAAAACUGCUUUUUUGCCACUUAUCUGUUACAGUAUUAUUUUGCUUUUAUCUUAAGAUCCUUUACUUUAUCAACAGCUGUCUGGAUCAUUUUGUGACUGCAACUACUUUAAGUGUCCAGUGCUGUGUAAAUACAUGGUACUUGGUAGCUUGUAAAUGAAAUGAAAGAAUAAAAUUUUAUUUAUGGCUACUCCUGUGUUUGCAAGCAGAUACCUUGUAUAUUAAUGUAAAAUACGGGUAUUUUUAGAAGAGAUACAGUAUAUUGAUGGGCUACUCAAUUUAUAGACAAGGUUCUUCAGGAUAUUUGGCCAGUUUAGCUACAAGUAGUUUGAGAUUACUGUAUGUGAAUAUAUUGAAGAACUGUCACAGUAUUAUACACUAUGGCUUUUGUAUAUUCUUUUCUGGUAUGUAUUACACUGCACCUCAACACUUGUGUUUGUGUGGCCAUGGCAAGUCUAUUCUGAUGGCAGAGACUGGCUUCUGAAGCGAAAUAAUAAUGGCACCUUCCUUCUAUUCUUAGAAGAAACAUUUUUAAAAAAACAAAGCUAUUUUCAGUAGAAAAAUAUUAUACAGAAUCUCUCAGCAAGAUUUCUAGACACUUGAGUAAAGAAAAUGAGAGCUUUGAAAAAGUGGGCUUUGUAAAACUUAACGAGUUCAUGAAUUUUUUAAUUGUUAUUUUAGUCAUCUAAAUGAUGAGAAAUAAAACCUUCCACUAAUUCCUUACUUGAAAUGGGUUGCUGAGUUGCAACAAAAGAUCUUAGAAAUCUUAUAUCUGCCCUAAUUGAAUUUCUGAGAGAAGAUCUAUAGAGCUUGUUUUGUAGAACUGAAGUACUGUCUGAUUUUAAUGAAAAAACUUAUUUUGUGGAAAAAAAAAUUAUGCGUAUCUGUAGGUAAUCCUGUUACCUAACACCAUUUUGAUUCCUACUAUUUACAGAGAACGUUCUGUGUUAGAUCAGUAAAAUAUGUAAAUAUUUGUUUGUAUGUUUUUAUUGGAACGGCACUCAACUUUUUAUUAUGGACUUUCAAGUGGGAUGUUUUCUAAUUUCUAUUAAAGAAAUAGCACAGAAGGAGAGAAGGUCAGACCAACAAUAAACAUAAUGGACAUAAGUGUGGGCCUCUCACAUGCAAGAGGAGGCUGAGUUCAAUCUUAGCACGUAUCAGUCUUGAAAGUUUUUCACUUUUGAGAUGUAUGGGUUGUAAUAUACAGUAAAUAAAGUGUGGGCUUCAGUCCAGAAUUUGUUAAAGGGUAUUUUCCUCUUUUGUUUUCAAGUAUUACAGCCCGCCAUAUUUUGUCAAUCCAUACAUUUAAUUAACAAUAAAAAAAAAAUCAAACUCUCACAGCUGCAGUACUACUCAGCAGGAUUUUUGGGGUGUUUUGUUUUUUUCUGUCUGAAGUUACUGACAUGUGAAAUUUCACCUCAGGGAGGAAGAGCUAUGUAUUGUGAAAAGACUGAAGAUGCAUUUUAAAGGACUUUAUGUUUUGCAUCCGUUGCACGUUUCAUUUGAAAUUGAAUAAUAUACUUAAUUAACACUGUUUAUUUUUAAGUAAGGUUUUGAACAGAUUAAACUUUUUUGCUUCUUCAGUAAUGCUAAAAGCAAUUAGAAGUGAAAGAGGACUUUUAUUGCUAGCAGGUUUUGAAUACAAAUGUUUGUGAAAAACUUUAAAGGAAAGUUCCCCACUAGGCCUGCAGAUUCUCCCAUAUCAUCUGUGUAAUCUUCUGUGAAAAACAAGAGAAAAGACACUUUCUGAGGUAAAAAACAGGAAGAAAAAUUUGUACUUGGGAAGAAUAUCUAAGAUCUUUAAGUUACAAGGAAGCAAGCAAGGAGAAGAUUAUUUGUUCUUUUAGUUUCAGGGUUUUUUCACUUCCUUAAAAUACGAAAAUAGUUUGUAAGUUCAUGCUGUUGAAGAUAAAUCUGUAUUCAUUUGCAGUGACAUGAAUUUUGAGUAGAAUUGAGGUCUGUACAGUAGAGUAGUGUUUUUAAAAGAUAUUUUAACUUAUUUUAAAUAUCUUGUAUUAAUUUAAGCCUACAGCUAAAUUAUUAAGAUACUGUUUUUAAAAUGCUUGCUUUAUUUUUUGCAAUAAGAUAGCUGAUAGCUUGCAUUCAGUAUCCCAGCACGUAACCUACUCAGGUAUGUGUAGGUUCAGUUGGCUAACUAAUAAUCUGUGCCUGAAUUACCUAAGUAGGUAUUUUUUCUUCAGUGUAUGAAAUACGAGACUUCAUCAGGCCUUUUUAGUGUGUAAAUCAUAAAAGGAAUAAGAGAAUUUAACCCUAAGUCACUUACUAAAUCACCUGCACCAUGAACUAAAUGCAAGGAAUCUUUUUUUUAUUUCUUUCUUUCUUUUUCAGAUUUUGCUUCAUAAAACAAAGACUCUGAUGGCACUGCAGUCUUUCUCAGAUACAUGCCUAUUUUUUUUCCCACUCCUGUGUCAUAUUUGCAGGUGACUGAUGAUACUGUUGCACUUUCACUGAUGUUUUGGUCAGUAUGAGAUCUGACCAAAUGUUGUCACUAGUUAAAGCUGUCAUAGCGAUUCUAUUAGAUCCAGUCUAGCAGAAGACCAUGAGCAGCAGCAGAAUUAGUUUGAACAGAUUAAAAAGAUUGCAGUGAGUUAUACUUGACAGGAAUGGUCAUCUGGAAAUCUUGCUAAACAUUAGACAAGUAGAUUAGAACUUCAUUAUUGAGUUACCUUUGCUUUUUGGAAAAUCCCUACUUUAACUGGAGUGAAUGACUGAUACAGUGAACAGAUUUAUUCUAGAAAACAUGAAGUAUGAGAAUAUUUAAAGGCAUAUGCCUCAUGCUGCAGCAUGAGGGGGAAAAAAAGCUUGCUAAUGGCUGUGUUAUACCCAAAUAUCUUUCAGAUUAUUUUUAAUUUACCACCACAACAUGCAUGUGAAAAAUGUUGCUCCAGAAAAGUAACUGAUGUAAAAUAGAAACACAUGUGAAACAAUCUGAUAUUAUCUAAGAAAUGUAAAAGCCUAUGAAGAAGCACAGUAGUUGUGGUUUAUAUUCUUUAUUUUGUGUUAAGUUUCCUUUUCUCAAAAUCUGAAAAAUUUAAAUGUCUGUGAAAGGCUUUAUGUAAACACAAUUUAAGAAUGUUGAUAGAAAAGUGCACUACUCAAAUAUAUCAUAAAUCACCUCAUCUAUGCAGCAUUUUCCAACAUUAAUAUUUUUUAAACAUUCUGACUUUGUAUCUAGAAGGAUGCAAGAAAAAUGGGCAUCAGUCAUGGCAUUGAGAGGAAAGUGGUUGCGACUAUCCAUUACCGACUCUUGAUGAUUAAUAUAGAUUUAAAAAAAAACCCUCAUAUCCAAAGAGGUCUUUUAGCAAAAUGCAAUAGGUGGAAUUCAAAAGGGGAGUGAUUCCUUCCAAUGAAAUAGAAUUAUUUUCCAUGUGAUUGAUGUUCAAUUUUCAUUUAUGUAUUGUGUCCUUGAAGAUUUUAGGAAAUCCCAGACUUGAUGGAUAAGCUUUUAACUGAAAACAGUCUUAAUUCCUUAGGAGCUUCCUUCUCUGUAGGAGAAAAGCUAUCAGCAUUCGCUUAAUGGAGUGUCCAUCAGCAGAUCGUUUCUGCUUUGUUCAGCUCUUCUAUUUCAGUUUUGAUUCUUGAGAGAGCCAAGCCAAAAACCUUUGCAGCUUCUGCCAUUGCUACUGUACAUUUGCAUGCUCCAACUUUACUGUCACAUCCCUAAAAUCUUGGUCUUGGUUAGAAAAUUUUUUCUUCUCCAUGAAUUUCAAGUUUUCACAUUAAGUAGCAGGAAGAAAUUCACACUUGUAAGACACAGCUGCUUGAACCAGCACUUCCAAAGAACAUCUUGACCUGCUUUCUAGUGGUAAGGAGCACCCCAAAUUCCCUUACAGGCUAGGAAAAGACUUAUUUUAGAAUGGUGGUCACUGGUUGGAUUCAUCAUGAUUAUUAAGGAUAUGAUCACUGUUCCAUCUGUUCCUUCCUGUCUUAUUUGAAGUACUUCUCCAAUAAAGGUGUUUUGUCUCCA